UCGCGCAAUCACGCUGAAACGUGUUGUCUUUCCUUCGUCUGUUCGUCUGUUCGUCGUUCGGUAGAACCUCGGAUCCACACCCUCUCUUACUCGAGGGCCCCUUUUCUCACAUCAUGGAUUAUAGAGAGUUUCUGGUGUAUCUCACUCGCUGCAGCUACUGCCGUCAUGUCUAAGGCCGCGACGAAGCACGUCACACGCCAAGUUGUGGAAGAGUUUGUAGAGCCCCAGGGCAGUCAGAAGAUAGUCAAAGUGCUGUGUGGAAGAGGACGUCCACCAGGUAGAGGAGACGGAAGGCCAGCAGGCCAGCAUGCCAAGUUCAGGAAGAACGUGUGGAUAAAACGAGGGGACUUUGAGCCUAUUGAGGAAGGUACAGGCAGAGAUCAUUCACAUCCUCUUCCCAAGACAGAUCAAGUACCUCAAGGAGAGAAACCACUGGCCUCCCCAGUUUGAUGGAUCGUCCAGAGACACCCGUAGAGACAAUAGUUGCACUCGUUGAGUCGGAAUGGUUUCCAAGUGCCCUCAUUGCCAAAUCCGAUGGGUCGUACCCUGAUGACCUCCCUCCUGGUAAGAUGGCCCUGGAGUCUGGCCCACAGAGUGUCAACCAGGGGCUGGCAGAUGGACAUGACUCGGUCGUUGCUACGGUACUCUGGCGGGAAGAGGUCCAGGAGGUCCGAGUAGCCGAUCCUCUCGGUGUCCUCGAUGUAGUGGCGGCACUCCUCGGGCGAGAGCAGCGAGUGGAGGAGGAAGCACCUGGCGCCUCGCACAUUCAGGUCCUCCCGAGUGACGGCCGGUCCCCCGGUGCUCCCAGAGAGGAUGGACCCAGGGUGCUGGACGUCGCGGAAGUUCUUCUGGGACGUGGUCAACAUGGGACGGACGAUGACCUUUGGCUUCUCCAUGUCUUCCUUCUGGCCAGACGAAUCCCCUCGACGACCGCGAACGAGCCUGCUAGAAACCGUGUCCCCCAUGCCGCACUGAUGCAAAAGAAAGCCAAUCGGCGUACACCCACCUGACCACGCCCUUUUUAUCCUCCAUGCUGAGUCAGCAUUUUGACAAAGCCACACACCCGGAACCCACUCGAUCGAGUCCCCUAGCAAGACAGAGAGCGAGGCUGUCUCUCACUGCUCACUUACGACCCCAGGACGAGAAGGAGGACUGACUGCUAUGCCUUUGAAGUCUUCAGGACGCAAUGGGAACCACCACACAAGUCUGGAGGCCAAAACCAACGGACACGGGGACGAGGACUCGAGCAACUCAGACUGUGAUUCGUCUCUCUAUGACGAGGUAGAGUCGGAGAGAAGAAAAGUAGACUGUCUGGACGACAUGCAGUUCUUGGAGCAGCAGUUUUCUGACCUGAAGGAACUGCUCUUCCAUGAGAAAGUCAGAGAGAUUGAUGAGCGGAUGAAACACAUCAGUGAAGAGGGAGCUCAUGAGUAUCUCCAGCCACUAAAGGAACUGGAAGAGGCGAGACAGAGACGUACCCAGACAGCAGAAUUACAGUGCUCCUGUAAGUUGCAAAACAUCCAGAACAAGUACGACGAAGAAGUGGCAUCAGCUGAGCAGAACUUCCAGGAGUUGAUCCAGGUGACCAAGAGGAAGAUGGUAGCCACAAUCCAGGAGAAGAUCCGCCGACUCCAUGAGGAAAAGAUUGUGGCAGAGCUCACUAAAGAGAAUGGUUCAAGGAAGAGGAAGAGGAACAGCGAGUUCUUGCUACCAGAUAAGAGGAAAAACCAGUCACAGUGAAUGGUCCGUAUGUCAUCUAUAUGUUGAGAGACAUGGACAUCAUGGAAGAUCUGUACGACAUACGGAGAGGCCAGGCGGUAGAAGAAGUGGAGAGAAAGGGAUUGUUUAGAGAUUGCAGCUGGACAUAAUAGCAUCGCACAAAAUGAAUGUGUUGCAUAGAAUGGUACAUUGUCAUUUUCAAAGUGUUAAGAGAUACACGUACAGUUCAAAGACAUGUGCGACUACAGUUACAAUGUGUGUGGAAGUGUUCAAAGUGUGGAUCUCUGGUGCGAAAGGUCCCUGAACCGGGUGAAGGCCCUAAAGAAAAGCUCUGCACCACUCGUUGAGGCAAUCGAAGCAGUCCCGCUGCUGCUUGGCGUUGGCGCCGCAGGUAUCGUGGAGCCAGUCCUUGAACAACUCCUCGUUCUUCUUGAGGACCAGGAACUGGCCUAGAACCACGUACGCCUUGUCGAACCCCUUGCUGCUCAACCUCCCUCCGAGGGCGGGCCCGAUCCCCGCCAGCUCCGUAACGUCCUUGUCACUCAUGGGUUCCCCCACGAAGUUCCGGUGCUUUUGAGAAGUCGACAUCUCUCUUUUCUUGAAAGAAUAUCUUUCAGUGUUGAAACUUCUUUGCCUGACACAAACUUUUUUGGGCGGGAGAUCGAGAGGAGAAUGAAGUAGGCGU